AUGAAACCACAGGAAGACUGUGAUAAACACAGGAAACCACAGGAAGACGAUGAUAAACACAGGAAACCACAGGACGACGAUGAUAAACACAGGAAGCCACAGGACGACGAUGAUAAACACAGGAAACCACAGGAAGACGAUGAUAAAUACAGUAAACCACAGGAAGACUAUGAUAAACACAGGAAACCACAGGACGACGAUGAUAAACACAGGAACCCACAGGAAGACGAUGAUAAACUCAGGAAACCACAGGAAGAUGAUGAUAAACACAGGAAACCCAAGGACGACGAUGAUAAACACAGGCAACCACAGGAAGACGAUGAUAAUCACAGGAAACCACAGGACGACGAUGAUAAACACAGGAAAACACAGGACGACGAUGAUAAACACAGGAACCCACAGGAAGACGAUGAUAAACUCAGGAAACCACAGGAAGACGAUGCUAAACACAGUAAACCACAGCAAGACGAUGAUAAACACAGUAAACCACAGGAAGACGAUGACAAACGUCCUACACACAACUGUGUGUUCGGGGACGGGGAGUGGGGGCUACAAACGUCCUACACACAGCUGUGUGUUCGGGGACGGGGAGUGGGGGCUACAAACGUCCUACACACACCAAUUUUGGUUUCUUAA